UAGAAUUCAGCUCUCAGCUCAUUCUUGACAUCCGUCUCCCAUCGACCCAAGACCUUGGGUGAUCGAACCAUGGGGGGGAUUAUCACUCUUGGCGGUCAACUGGCCGCAAGGCCAAAUCCAAUAUUGGCUGGGGGUGGAGAUGGCACGCUAUAAUUGAGUGGGCCUGUUGGGCAUGGCCCCUUUUUCGGGUUCAGCCAGAUCAACUCCCUGCUCUCCUUGGCCGCAUACAUACUUGAUUGGCUGUUCUUUUGACUGAAGUGAACUUGAUCAGGUUCCAUCCGUCUUCAACCGGCUCCCAUAUCAUACAAACGGCAAGUGUCACACCAUGGGCUAUUUAAAGACCAAGUUCAAACGCCUGCUCGAAAAGAUCGAGGACAGGAUCGAAGGUGAAAAGGAGCCUGAGACCAACGAUGACCGAAAAGUCUUCGCCCACUACAUGGUUGGCCUGACAUGUCACCAAACUGUCGAGCAAUGGGUCCACGAUAUCAAGACUGCCAAGGAGGCCGGUAUCGAUGGCUUUGCUCUCAACAUUGGGCCUUCCGACCCGUGGACAGAGACUCAACUCUCUCAUGCCUAUCACGAGGCUGAGGAGCUGGGUGAGUUUGUCAUGUUUAUUUCUUUCGAUAUGGCCUGCGGAGAGUGGUCAGUUUCACAGGUUGUUGACCUCAUCAACCGCUUCAGGGAAUCAAGCGCACAGUUCAUUGUGGACGGGCGACCUUUGGUUUCAACUUUCGAGGGUCCAGGUUGGGCUGAAAAUUGGAUUUCAGUUCGGGAACAGACAGGCAACAUCUUUCUUGUUCCUGAUUGGUCUAGCCUUGGCCCAUAUGGAAUUUCUGAUGUCAUCGACGGAGCUUUUUCGUGGGACGCCUGGCCCAAAGCUGGUCAAAAUCAGAUGAACAUCAACGAAGAUCUCUUGUACUGUGACAACCUCAAGGGCAAGAAAUACAUGAUGGGUGUUAGCCCAUACUUCUAUACGAACUUGCCGCAAUGGAACAAGAACUGGUACUGCUCAAGCGAGAGUCUGUGGCAUGAUCGAUGGCAACAAGUACUUGAUGUAUUGCCUGACUUUGUUCAGAUCAUCACAUGGAAUGACUUUGGCGAGUCGAGUUACAUCUGCGAUACUGUGCCAGCGCAAGUUGUAGAAGGCGCAGAAGAAUACGUCAAUGGCUACUCGCACUCAGCCUUCCGAGCCGUCCUCCCAUAUUUUAUUGCUGCAUAUAAGUCUGGUUCUCGUCUUGUGGAUUUUCCAGAAGACACGGUCAUUGCCUGGUACCGAACAACUCCGGCAAGUGCGGGAGAGGGUUGCGGCACCACCUGGGGCCAGGGCGGUGAGAUACCGGCGUCCCAAGGGGCAAGAGACGUCGUUUCGGUUAUGGCGUUGGUCAAGGUCCCAACCAACAUCACCGUCGCAAUCGGCAGCCGCUGGAAGAGUGUGGGCACCAGAAUCGACAGCCCCCUUUCCUAUUUUGAGAUUCCGUUUGAUGGCAGCGCCACCGGGCCUGUCACAAUUGCCAUGAACGGCAAAACCGUCGAGGGUCCCUCAAUAACGAAUGAAUGCCACGAGGGCAGGAUGCAUUUCAACUCGAUUGUGAUUCGGCUUUGAGGAGAGUGAUAGGCAACUAUCGGCUGGGUGAUUUUGGAGUUUGGGUUGAUUGAAAAGCAUGUUGACAUUUAAUUUUGCAGCUUUGGGAAAAUAGGAUUUAGUAGAAGUCUAGAAGAAAUACAAAUAUUGGAUAAUGGAUAGGGAA